UGUUAAUAAUACAAAUAAUAAUAGGAAAAUAAUGAUGACAAUGAUAACAAAAAGAGGAAAAAGAGGAAGAAAAAGAAUUGGAUUAGACUGAUGACAUCAACAAUCGUUCAAGACUUUGCCCUAGCAUUUAUAUUUUGAAAAGUCGCGCAAUUGGCAGCCAUUUUUACAAGAACGAUUGUAUUGCUGUGGUUGUCACACUUUGGGUACUAGCUAGCAAGCGAUACAAAAUAAAGUAAAUUAGGCUGGAAGAAAGAACAAAAGAAUCAAACUGGAAGGGCUCAGCAGUGCCUGGGAGCCCAGGGAAUCACUGCCUGAGUCCCUCGAGGUAGUCAAGAAACAACUGGACAUGAACGCCACAAAAGGAGGCCUGGUCAUUUUCACGGCCAACUCCAACCCCUCCAGCAGAGAGCUGGGAAAAAGGAUCGCAGAACGCUUGGGUGUAGAGCUCGGCAAGGUGCAGGUCUAUCAGGAAGCUAACAGAGAAACACGGGUUCAGAUCCAGGAGUCUGUGCGUGGUAAAGAUGUCUUCAUCAUUCAGACUGUGUCCAAAGACGUUAAUACAACCAUCAUGGAACUACUUAUUAUGGUGUACGCAUGUAGGACCUCCUGUGCCCAGAACAUCAUUGGAGUCAUUCCCUACUUUCCUUACAGCAAACAGUGCAAGAUGAGAAAGAGAGGCUCGAUUGUCUCUAAGCUGCUGGCCUCCAUGAUGUGUAAAGCAGGUCUGACACAUCUCAUCACUAUGGAUUUGCACCAGAAGGAAAUCCAGGGUUUCUUCAACAUUCCAGUGGACAACCUGCGAGCAUCCCCAUUUCUCCUCCAAUACAUUCAGGAGGAGAUCCCUGACUACAGAAAUGCUGUAAUUGUAGCCAAGUCUCCAUCAUCAGCUAAAAGGGCCCAGUCUUUUGCUGAAAGACUUCGGCUGGGCAUCGCUGUGAUCCACGGUGAAGCCCAGGAUGCAGAGUCAGAUCUUGUGGAUGGACGGCAUUCCCCACCUACUGUGAAGAACGUUGCUGCCAUCCAUCCGAGCCUAGAGAUACCCUUGCUCAUCCCAAAAGAGAAGCCUCCAAUAACUGUGGUGGGAGAUGUUGGUGGUCGAAUUGCCAUUAUUGUGGAUGACAUCAUAGAUGAUGUGGAUAGUUUUCUGGCAGCGGCUGAGACGCUGAAGGAGCGAGGUGCCUACAAAAUCUUUGUCAUGGCCACUCACGGAAUUCUCUCCUCUGAUGCACCUCGUCUCAUAGAGGAGUCUGCUAUCGAUGAGGUAGUUGUCACGAACACUAUUCCACACGAGAUCCAGAAACUGCAGUGUUCUAAGAUCAAGACGGUCGAUAUCAGCAUGAUCCUGUCUGAGGCAAUUCGUCGCAUCCACAAUGGAGAGUCCAUGUCUUAUUUGUUUCGCAACAUAGGCAUGGAUGACUGACAGUCUGCUCAGCUGUUUCCCCAUCACUGCCAUCUGCAUAAUGUGCACAGAGAUCAUUAUUUCUCUUGUGUGUACAAUGUGGCCAAAAUUCAAAAAUGCAUUUUUCGUCACUGAUGAAUCUUAUUAUUUUUUUGGCUCAAUUUGUUGUUUGCUUACCACAUCACCAUGUGUGGUAUGUGCUCAGAGGCCAAAGAUCAGUCUUGUGCUCACUCUUUAAUAGCGCUGAAAUUAUGGAAAAAGAUCAUCGUUCUGCUGAUCUUGACUUGUCCGUUGCUCAUUUGUAAUGAUUUUAAGGAAAGAAAAGACUGGAUUUGAUUGUUAUUGGAUUGGAAUGCUGGAUUGAUACACCUUCGAACAGAUGAGCUGAGGGAAGAGUGUAAUCGAUGGGAGAGGUUCUUGGCUCUGAGAGGCUGAAGUCCUUCGUGGCCAACAAUAACAGACAACAAUACCUUAGUCAUGCUUUAGCUCUAUGCCAUAAUACAGUAUACCUGUGCCAUUGUCUCAAGCCUUGUGUAAAGUGCCACUAGACAAUAAUGUAAUUUGGUGAGUGCUAGACAGCACAUAUGUUAGACUGAAUGAAAGUUAAAUGAGUUUUUAAAUGUAGCAUUGUAUUGCUGCUUAAGCUAGACUUAGAGGCACAUAGUAAUGUAUGCAGCUAAAUGUCUAUCAUGCUAAAGUGUUUGACUAGUCCUUUGACUUCUGGAAGCUGAUGUUUUUGCCAGUAAGGGGACCACAGGAGCACUCUUGCUUCAUAACCCAGCGGUCAACAUUAUGCUUUGUCUUGCUUAAGAAUGUGAAUUUUCUUUAAUUUUCUGGUCAGUUGCAGAAUUUUUGUUAUGGUACUAAUCCUCCAGAAUUCUAUUUAUUCACCGCACUCUGUGAUGAAGAAUAAAUCAAAAGGAUGUCACAA